AUGGCUACAAUCAGUCAGCUUCAACCACUGCUAAGAAGCUUGAUGAAAGUUACGCGUGACUUUGUGUCCGACACUCUGAUGAUUGGCGGUGCUACGGUGAAUGACAUGAAAAUGGGGAUUGUCACAGGAAAGCCCCAUGGCACGAGUAAGUGGGAUAACCAAGACUGCAAGAAAUAUCCAUGUCCCGUCGAGUCACAUCACUAA